AUGAAAUCCACAAACACUUAUUAAUAUAUUACUAACAAUUAACAUUAAGAACUUAUUGAUUAUUUGAAAUAAGAAAACAAACAACUAACAGAAUAACUUAGAGAGCUUAAUAAUCUUCUUUUACUUAAUAAAAAGGCAUUAAAGAUAAUGACUCCUUAAAAUAACGAAGAAUCAAAUAAAGCUUUAUUAAUGGUACUCAAAAAUCUUUAAGAGGAAAAUGCCAAAUUGAACUCUUAAAUUGAGAAACUUAUAUAUGAAAGAAAUCAAGCAUAAAAUUAGGUCUUGAUCAAUUAAUAAAUUACUGAAGAAGCAUAACGACAUGAAAAAGAAUUAAUUUUAUCACUCUAAAACAAAAUUACUUCAUUAUUAAAUAAUUUGAACAAGGCUGAAUCCUAAUUAAGUAAAUUAGAAUUCUUAAAACCAGAAUUUGAUGAAUCAUCUGGUAUUCUUAUUAAAUAUAAAUAAAUUACUGAUAUCAACAAAAUCAAAAAAGAAUUUCAUGAUUAGAUAGAAAUUUUGAAUGAACUCUUGAUUUUAUAAAUUAAAAAGAAUAAAAAAAUAGAAGCUGAAAAAAGAUAAUUGCAAGGCUUAAAUCUAGUAAUUUUUAAUUCUAAAAUUAGAAAUUGAUUACUAACCUUAUAUAGAUGAAAAACUCAGCACUUACAUCAAAUGAAAAUAAUAUUUUUUAAUAAGAUUAGUAAUAGAGAGAUCUAUAACCAUAAAAAUUGAUAAAAUGUAACUAUAAUGAAAUAAUAUUAAUUAGUCUAAUAAAAUAUCCUUUAUGCAAUGAAAAAAGAUUAAAAUGAUUAUUCAUCAGAAUCAGAAGCUUUAUCAUCAAUAGAUAAUUCUCCACUAGCAUCACCAUUACCAAUAAAAUUAGAAAAUCUAAAAGCUCCAAUAGAAAAUUAAAAGUCUAAAGCUACAAAGGAUAUUCCAAAACUGAAUCUUGCUUCAGCUAUAAUAAUAUAAGAGUUGAAUGCAAAACGAUAAACUUAAUAAAUCUAAGACAUGAAAAAGCUAACAGAUGCAAAUUUAUUAGAGAAAUUAAAUUAGUAUAAUAAGACUCUAGAAGAAUUGAAAAAGAAUUAUCAAAGAGAAAUGACUUUAAAUAAAGCCUUUGAGACCGCAAAUAAUGAACUUGAAAGACGUUGUUAGAAUUUAGAAGUAUAUAAUAUUUAAUAAUUAUUUUGAGUUAAAUUUAGAUUAUAAUAAGUUCUAAUUUAAGAUAUUAAGAGAAAUUUCAAAGAAUUAAUAAAUAAUAUCAUUUUCUGCAAUAGUUUUACAUAAAUAAUAAAGAUUAAGUGACUACCACUCAAAGUCAUAACAAUAGAUUUUCAUAAAGUCCAACAGAAUUAUCAUAAGAAUUUAACUUGGAUACUUCUUUUUUAGAUGCAAAUGAAGCUAUUAUAUCAAAUGAGUAUUAAGAGUUCAAAAAUUUGCAAUAUCAAAUGAUGCAGCAACAACAAUAAUAAUAUUAAUUUAUUCAAUAAUAAAAUUCAUAUCAUUAUUAUAGAGCUAAUAAUAUUGAGGAUGCAAAAAGAUUCCUCUUAAGUUUAGCUGAAUAGGUUUAUAGUGGAUUAUCAGAAAAAAUUGAUAAAAUAGUUUAGGAAUAGAUCAAAAAAGAGAGAGAACAUAUUUAAAGAUUAAGAUCUUUAAGUGAAAUAGUUGAAUAUUAGAAUUGCUUAGAUUAUAAAUAAUAUUAAUGA